AUGACGCACAAUUACGUCGACCAGUCGGUCCAGACAGACAUCGCCGGCCUCACCAGACACCUCCCGCCGAACCUGCCGCUUCUCUGUCAUCCGUCCACUACUCCCCCCGAAGACAUGCCGAACGAGAAACUCCAUCCCAGUGACGCAGCAGCCCCCUCCUCUCUGCUCCUCCGCCGAAAAAAUCGUCCGGCGUCCCUCGCGAACCGUAUGCCGAUUCCGCCCAACGUGUGCAACGACGAAGUGCCCCUAUCUCCUCCGCCCACCGAGACGUUAUUGUCUCCGCUGCCCCUCGCGAAUCGACUUCAUGCUGGCCACACACCCAUAAUACCCGCUCUUUUCUCCCCUCUGCAAAACGAGCUUCUUGAGGAGAAGAGCAGAGAAAGGACGCCAGACAUGGACGAGCCAUUACGUGGCCCUUUAUCGUUACCUCUGCUCCCCGGCGAUGGAGCCGACGACCGCAUAGAACUCAAGGUGCUGGACGCAGAGUUGGAGAAGAUCGCAAAGGCGCAGCAGCAAGAUUCAACUUCAAAUCCCGUGCGUGAAGAUGCGCAGCCUCAUAGCCAGAAAAGGUCUACCGAAUCACGAAGAAGAUCGUCAACAGACGACAUUGAGGUUGUUGAUGGAGUUAUCCUCAAGAAGCCAAGGAUGAAUUUUGGCGCACCCCUUGGUCAGGCAGCACCGAUGAAUCCGGUAUCAGACAUAUGA